GUAGUAAUUCAAUAAUUAUUGGAAGGUGAGUUGUCACAAUUAAUAUGUAGGUGAUUGGUUGUACUUUUCUUAGUACUACUGUUCUACUGCUUCCAUUUGAUUCAUCAAAGUCAUUUUUGUGGUAUUUAUGAUGUUUUAGGCUACAACUAUAUCCCACCAACACUUGGUUUUGGAUCCAAUUUAGAGAGAGAGAGAGAGAGAGAGAGUUAAAGAGAGAAACCAUGUUGGCGAGUGCUUCAUCUUCUAUGUUUGCAAAGUUCUUAAGAAGUUCUCAUGAGCCAUUUUCAUGGUUAGGAAGCUGUUCUUCAUUUGCUUCGCGGCCUUCGUCUUUUUCGCAGCAGGAAUGCUCAUCAGAUUUGUGGAGUGAUGAAGAGAAUGGUGACAUUAAUUGGGACAAUCUUGGGUUCGGCCUUGUUCCGACCGAUUAUAUGUAUGUCAUGAAAUGCAGUCGAGACGAUCGAUUCAGCAGCGGCGAGCUCAAUCGAUACGGCAACAUCGAGCUCAGCCCAUCUUCUGGUGUUCUGAACUAUGCACAGGGUCUAUUCGAAGGGCUCAAAGCUCAUAGGCGAGGCGACGGGCGCGGUUUCUUGCUCUUCAGGCUCGAAGAGAAUGCGAAAAGGAUGCAGAUGGGGGCCGAGAGGAUGUGCAUGCCGUCGCCGUCCACCGAUCAGUUCGUUCACGCCGUGAAGCAAACCGUGCUAGCCAACAAGCGCUGGGUACCACCUCGAGGAAAAGGGUCUCUUUACGUGAGGCCGUUGCUCAUCGGGAGUGGACCGAUUUUAGGCCUAGCUCCUGCACCUGAAUAUAUGUUCUUAGUGUAUGCUGCACCAGUGGGAACAUACUUCAAGGAGGGUCUUGCGCCGAUAAACCUGUUCAUAGAGACCGAAAUCCAUCGAGCAACUCCGGGAGGGACAGGGGACGUGAAAACAAUCGCGAAUUACGCACCGGUAUUGAAGGCGCAGAUGCGGGCCAAGGCCAAAGGACUUACAGAUGUUCUUUACCUCGACUCCGUGAAUAAAAGAUACUUAGAGGAGGCCUCUUCUUGCAAUCUAUUCAUGGUGAAGGAUAAUAUCAUCGCAACACCAGCGACCGACGGAACAAUUUUACGCGGGAUCACACGCAAAAGCAUCAUCGAACUCGCUCGCGAUCUUGGUUAUCAGGUUAAGGAGCGGCUCGUUUCGAUCGAUGAUCUAAUUGCGGCAGAUGAAGUAUUCUGCACAGGAACUGCUGUAGUUGUUGCUCCUGUAUCCAGCAUUACUUACGGCGAUCAACGGUAUGAGUACAAAACUGGAGCAGAAACAGUGUCAGAGAAGCUGUACAAAGCCCUAACAGCAAUCCAAAUGGGGCAUGUUGAGGACAAAAAAGGGUGGACAGUUGAAAUUGAAUGAGAUGGGUGAUUGAAGGACUAAAUUGUAAAUAUUACAGACCAAAUUUAGCUAAUAAUUUACAUGCAACUUAGUUCCCUUCUAAAAUCUAAUCCUUUUUUGCUGAAGUAUAGAAACUGCAGCAACUUACAAUAGUAAUUUUUUUUUAUUUAUUUUUGUAAAACAAGAACUUUAUCAAUAAAUUAGCCUGUUUGUGAUAGAA